AUGAAGGAAAAUGUGGCAUCCACAGUGGUUUUCAUUUUGCUACUGUUUCUCAACACCAACCUUCUGAAUGGACAGUCACCUCCUGGAAAACCUGAGAUCUUUAAAUGUCGUUCUCCCGAAAAGGAAACAUUCACCUGCUGGUGGAAGCCUGGGGCAGAUGGAGGAUUACCUACCAAUUACACGCUGACUUACCACAAGGAAGGAGAGACAUUCACCCAUGAAUGUCCAGACUACAAAACCAGUGGUCCCAACUCCUGCUACUUUAACAAGAAGCACACCUCCAUAUGGACGAUAUACAUCAUCACAGUAAACGCCACGAACCAGAUGGGAAGCAGUUCCUCAGAUCCACGUUACGUGGACGUGACUUACAUAGUUGAACCAGACCCUCCUGUGAACCUGACUUUGGAAUUAAAACAGCCAGAAGACAGAAAACCAUAUCUGUGGAUAAAAUGGUUUCCACCCACCCUGGUUGAUGUAAGAUCUGGUUGGCUCACACUCCAGUAUGAAAUUCGAUUAAAACCUGAGAAAGCAGCUGAGUGGGAGACUCAUUUCGCUGGGCAGCAGACUCAGUUUAAGAUUCUCAGCUUAUAUCCAGGACAGAAAUACCUUGUCCAGGUUCACUGCAAGCCAGACCAUGGAUUCUGGAGUGAGUGGAGCCCAGAGAGCUCCAUCCAGAUACCUAAUGACUUCUCGAUGAAAGAUGCAACCGUGUGGAUCUUUGUGGCCAUUCUUUCUGCUGUCAUCUGUUUGAUUAUGGUCUGGGCAGUGGCUUUGAAGGGCUACAGCAUGGUGACCUGCAUCCUCCCUCCCGUUCCUGGGCCAAAAAUAAAAGGAUUUGAUACCCAUCUGCUGGAGGUAAGUGCCAGAGGUAAGAAUAAGGGCAAGUCCGAAGAACUUCUGAGCGCCCUGGGAUGCCAAGACUUCCCUCCCGCUUCCGACUGCGAGGACUUACUGGUGGAGUUCUUAGAGGUGGAUGACAGUGAGGACCAGCAGCUGGUGCCCGCUCACUCCAAAGAGCACCCGGGGCAAGGCGUGACGCCCACACACUUGGAUCCCGACAGUGACUCUGGCCGGGGCAGCUGCGACAGCCCUUCCCUUUUGUCUGAAAAGUGUGAUGAGCCUCGGGCCAAGCCCUCCAAAUUCCACACGCCUGAGGGUCCUGGGAAGGCAGAGGAACCUGAAACACACGUUACCCAGCCCCAAGGCCCUCAGAGCACAGACGUGGAAGGCAAAAUCCCCCCUUCUCACGCCAGCGGAUCCCAAGCUUCAACGUGGCCUUGGCUGCAGCCCUCCAGCCUGCACUACUCCAGAUCGUCUUACCACAGCGUUGCUGAUGUGUGUAAGCUGGGCCUGGGCACGGCAGGUGCUGCAUCCACUUUGUUGGACGAAACAGACACACAUGCUUUAAAACCCUCACAAACCAUUGAGACUGGCGGGGAAGGAAAGGCAGCUGAGCACGGGGAGUCAGAAAGCUUCCGUUCCGAGACUGACCAAGAUGCGGCACGGCUGCUGCCCCAGGACAAGACCCCCUUGACCUCUGCUAAACCCUUGGAGUACGUGGAGAUCCACAAAGUCAGCAAAGAUGGAGCGCUGGCACUGCUCCCGAAACAAAACGAGAACAGUGGCCGGGCGGAGAAGACCAGCACCCCUGAAACCGGCAAGGAGUACUCAAAGGUGUCCCGGAUGAUGGAGAGCAACAUCCUGGUGUUGGUGCAGGAUCGGCGAGCACAAAACCUGGCUCCGUUGGAAGAACCAGCCAAGGAGGCCCCGCCAUCCCUGCCACAGAAUCCAGCCGAGGUAGACCUGGCCUCCUUCCCCGCGGCCCCGAGCAACUGCAGACUCCAGCUCGGUGGGCUGGAUUACCUGCAUCCCACAGGUUUUAUGCACUCCUUUCAGUGA